GCCAGGAAGUCUGGUAGCCCAGGACCUGUGCUCGGUCGGUGGAGUGAGGAGAUAUGCAAGUAAAUCAAUUUCCGAACAUGGCCAAGCGUUUCCUGCAGAACCGGAUGCCGCAGGGAAAUUCCAACAAGGUGGUAAGAUUUAAAAACAAGCCCGAAGAGUUCGUCCCUGUGAAGGACAAAUGGCGUUCUGUCAAGGGAUACUUCAGCUUCCCAAAGCGCGCAACCCGUGACGAUUGGAUACACGAUGGAACGUUCCACGAUGCCAUCGCAGGUUUACUGGUAACAGCUCAAUUCUGUGCCGUUAUGCCGGUCUGUGGUAUCACGUCGAAAGAUCCUAAAAAUCUCCACUUUUCAUGGACCAGCAAGCGAAUUGUUUACACAUACGCAGCCUGCCUUGGGACGGCCUUUUUCACAGUCAACGCGAUCGUUCGAUUCUUCAUGAGAAGCUUCACCUUCGUCGGAUUGACGGUGGUGUUUUUCUACUCGUACAAUCUGUAUGGGCUGUACUGCUUCAUUAAGGUAGCGCGAAAAUGGCCUGCGCUGAUCCGCAAGUGGCACCAAGCGGAACAGCUUCUUCCGCGAAACAAUAACAUCAUGGAACGAGGAUUUCUUGCGAAAAAGAUUAGGCUGAUAGCGCUUUCCGUCGUCACUAUGUCACUGGCAGAGCACUUGCUUUCGAUUAUAUCGGCAGUUUACUAUUCACCCAACUGUCCAGCGAUCCCUGACCAGCUGGAUAAAUUCAUCAAAACAAAUUUUGUUUUCAUAUUUCACUUCUUCGAGUACAGUAAAAUUCGAGGGUUCUUCGUCAAAUAUGUCAACGGGAUCUGCACCUUUGUAUGGAGUUACAUCGAUCUGUUCGUGAUCGUGGUUAGCAUUGGAUUGUCGCAUUGCUACAAAAGAAUCAAUGAAUUUCUCAUGCAACACAAACGGAAGAAAAUGACAGAACAAUUUUGGGCCGAACAACGUCAAAAUUACCGUAACAUUUGUGAUCUGGUUCAACACGUAGACGAUGUCAUCUCUGUCAUCACCAUGCUGUCUAUAUCAAACAACUUAUUCUACAUUUGUGUAUCUAUUCUGAACAGCCUAGAGUUCGUAAUCGAAAGUCAAACGAAGAGAAACCAUCUAACUACAUUUAAUCGCUUAUUACAGCUCACAUCCAACCGUGGCUCACACGCUAUACUUUUGGCUCGGAUUAACAUUCUUGAUCGGCCGAACCCUUGGGGUGACCAUGUGCGCCGCCGAAGUGAACGACGAAUCCAAGCAACCCAUCAAAGUACUGCGAACGAUUCCUCGCGAGGGUUGGUGUCUGGAGGCGAAACGUUUCGCCGAAGAGGUUGUCAACGAUACGGUUGCACUAACUGGGAUGAAAUUUUUCAACAUGACUCGCAAACUGGUGCUAAAGGUGACCGGGUCUAUCAUAACGUACGAAUUGGUGCUCAUACAGUUCCAUCAGGAUGACCACGGGGAGGUAGACUUGUGCAAGAUGAGACGGUCUUAGCUGUGUGGAGUGGAGAUGAACUGCUUUUUUCAGGUGCACGGAUUGCGGUGUCCGUUUUUCUCUUCGGUCUGGUUUACCUGCAGGAGCACUAACUCGUAAGUAACGACCGUGUCGGUAAUCUGAAAUAAAUUGGAAAUAAAUGAAUAUCGACAAGCGGUUUAUUUGGCCGUAGACUGUCAGAAAUAAAAAUGGUCCGGUGAGUGAAUAAUCAAGAGCUACGAGCCCGUAAGUUUAAGAAUUCCCAAAGUCAAAGAGUUCAAGAGCUGAAGCGAUAAUGACCCUUAUUCUGUUGGACAUGUGGAGCAAAGCGACUAGUGUCACUGCACUGCACAAGGCUUUAACGGCAAUAGGAAUCUCACCUUACCCGAGUUGACUUUUAGAAUCGAGGUAGAAAAGUCACAUAGAGUGAACUGAGAUUGGUCGUGUCACGUCACACGCUGUGCAGAAUAAGGGUGCAUGAGUUGAAGAAUGGAAGUAUUGCAUAGUUCAAGAAUUCAAGAAUCAAAGAGUCUAAAAGUCCAGGAGUUUAAAAAUAUAUGUCCUACAUUUCAACCAUUGAAGAGUCCAAAAUUUUAAAAAAAAUGUACUACUAAAGUUUGAGAGUUCAAGAAUUUGUGUCGGCCCUAUCGUAAAUGGUAAGUCAAUUGCUCUAUACUCAGCUCACCUAGGUUCGAUUCCCAACACCCGCGAAUAGAGUUAAAAAUGUUUCUAACCUAAAAAUAAAGGUGAUCGGGUCUGUAAUAACGUACGGAUUGGUGUUCAUAAGGUUCCACCAGGAUGACCAUGGGAGGUGGACUUGUGCAAGAUGAGACGGUCUCCACUGUGUGGAGUAGAGAUGAACCUUUUCAGGUGC